AUGGCGGCGUCGGUGGCGGCGGCGGCGGCCUCGUCGGCGGCGGCGGCGGCGAUGGGUCCGGGCCCGGCGGGGGACGCCGGGGAGAUGUCGGGGGAGAAGCGGGCGGGAGCGGGCGGCCCGGCGGGGGGCGGCGGGGGCUCGGCGGGGGGCGGCGGCCCCGAGGCCCUGGAGCUGCUGGAGAACUGCGGCGUCUGCCGGGAGCGGCUGCGGCCCGAGCGGGAGCCCCGCCUGCUGCCCUGUCUGCACUCCGUCUGCGGGGCCUGCCUCGGGACCACCCCCGCCGCCGCCGCCGCCGCCGCCCACGACGGAGCAGUGGUGGAUUGUCCCGUGUGCAAGCAUCAGUGCUUUCUGAAAGACAUUGUGGAGAACUACUUCAUGAGGGACAGUGGCCCCAAGGCUACCCCUGACAGCAAGGAUGCUAACCAGUGUUGUACGAGUUGCGAGGACAAUGCCCCGGCCACCAGCUACUGCGUGGAGUGCUCAGAGCCCCUGUGCGAGACCUGCGUGGAGGCCCACCAGCGCGUCAAGUACACGAAGGACCAUACUGUCCGCUCUACGGGUCCUCCCAAGUCGCGGGACGGGGAGCGCACCGUGUACUGCUCGGUGCACAAACACGAGCCGCUGGUGCUGUUCUGUGACAGCUGUGACACCCUCACCUGCCGAGACUGCCAGCUCAGCGAUCACAAGGACCACCAGUACCAGUUCUUGGAGGACGCGGUGAGGAACCAGCGGAAGCUGUUGGCCACCCUGGUGAAGCGGCUUGGGGAUAAACACGCCACUCUGCAGAAGAGCACCAAGGAAGUGCGCAGCUCAAUCCGGCAGGUGACGGACGUGCAGAAGCGAGUGCAGGUGGACGUGAAGAUGGCCAUCCUGCAAAUCAUGAAGGAGCUCAACAAGCGAGGCCGCGUGCUGGUCAAUGACGCCCAGAAAGUGACCGAGGGCCAGCAGGAGCGCCUGGAGCGACAGCACUGGGCCAUGACCAAGCUGCAGCGACACCAGGAGCACAUCCUGCGCUUUGCCUCCUGGGCCCUGGAGAGCGACAACAACACUGCCCUGCUGCUGUCCAAGAGACUGAUCUACUUUCAGCUGCAGCGAGCGCUGAAGAUGAUCGUGGACCCCGUGGAGCCCCAGGGAGACAUGAAGUUUCAGUGGGACCUCACCGCCUGGACCAAGAGCGCCGAGGCCUUCGGAAAGAUUGUUUCUGAGAGAAGUGGCCUCUCAGGGGGCGGUCCCCCAGCCAUGGCCCCCCCCCAGACCUCCAGGCCUCAGUUCGGCUCCCCUCGGAGCCAACUCAUGGACGUCCAGGAAGGAUACGGUGGCUUUGGUCCAGAAAGCAGCUACGGGAGCGCGGAGCCCCACGUGUCGGGGAUCCGGCGGCCCCGGCCGGCGGGCGAGGGGGACGUGAGCGGCAUCAUGCGUAAGGUGCCCCGCGUGAGCCUGGAGCGGCUGGACCUGGACCUGACGGCGGACAGCCAGCCCCCCGUCUUCAAGGUCUUCCCCGGUACCACCAACGAGGACUACAACCUCAUCGUCAUCGAGCGGGGCGGCCAGCAAGGGGGGCCGGGGGGCCCCGCUCCGCCCGGCAUGGCCAUAGUUAAGGAGGAAGAGACCGAGGCCGCCAUCGGGGCCGGGCCCGGAGCGGAGGGGGUGGAGACGAAGCCGCUCCUGCUGCCCCCCCUGGAGCCGGCGGGCGGCGAGGGUCCGCGCCUGGCCUCCCCCAGCGGCAGCACCGGCUCGGGCCCGGAGGUGCUCGGCGGGCUGGAGGCAGGGGCGGCCGGGGGCAGCGGCCCCGCCGCCUGCCGCGUCUGCCAGAAGUCCGGGGAGCUGGUGUUGUGCAGUCAGUGCGAGCUCUGCUUCCACCUCGACUGCCACCUGCCCGCCCUGCAGGAGGUGCCCAGCGAAGAGUGGAGCUGCUCCCUGUGCCAGGACCAGCCGGACGUCAAAGAGGACGACGCCGCCCUGUCCGCCCUGGCGGCGAGGGCCGCCUCCUCCCCCGUCCCCGGUGCCGAUCCCGCCUCCGCCCCCCGACCCUCUAAGCUCUCCGCCGCCAGUCAGCAGAAGUGUGAGCGAGUGCUGCUGGCCCUGCUGUGUCACGAGCCCUGCCGGCCCCUGCACCGGCUCUCCGCACCCCCCGCCUCGGCCUCGGAGCGGCCGACCACGGUGGACCUGACGCUGAUCCGGGCCCGGCUGCAGGAGAAGCUGUCCCCGCCCUACAGCUCGCCCCAGGAGUUCGCCCAGGACGUGGGCCGGAUGUUCAAGCAGUUCAACAAGCUGACGGAGGACAAGGCCGAAGUGCAGUCCAUCAUCGGGCUGCAGCGCUUCUUCGAGACCCGCAUGAACGAAGCCUUCGGAGACACCAAGUUCUCGGCGGUGCUGGUGGAGCCGCCCCCCGGCCCGGGCCCCCUGGCCCUGGAGCCGGGGGCCGGUUCCGCUGCCAUGUGAGAGGCCGACGCUCCCUCCCUGCCCCAGCCCCUCCCCCGGCCUUACUGCAGGACCCCCCC